AUUCGAACCAAGUCCACAAUGUCCUCCACAAAGAAGUCAGGCUCACGAAAAAGUGGUGCUCCGGCCCUUAAACAAGGCACCUUGGCGUUUACUACCAAACGCACAAACUCACACACCACUACUAAGACGAAGGGGCCUCCCCUGGCACAACGGUCAUCCUCUUGGAUUGAAAAACAUACAGCUGAAGAUGCAGUAGACUUGGAGAUAAACAACGAAGAGGACAGUAAUGUUGUGCUUGAGAUAUCCUCAGAAGAGGAGUACUCACCAGCUUCUGUGAAGCGGAGUGGAACUCCUAACGCCACGAAAGCAUCGAUAUCUAGUUCUGCCAAGAGGCUAAAGGAUGACCCUCCUGCUGCUAAACCUGUGGAGCCACGGCCGACAUUAGAUGUGUCAGGCAAGAUCUACCGCAAACACUAUGGGCAAGUGCGAGAAAAGAUGGGCUACCUUGAACCGAUUCAUGCCGAAGGGCAGAAUAAAAUCCAUCAGAUACUUCGCUUAUUUGACAUGUCCUACGAGUACGGCCCGUGUGUUGGCAUGUCACGUCUUGAGCGCUGGGAGAGAGCUGCUUCGCUUGGCCUCAACCCACCUGAUGAGGUUCGGCAUAUUCUCUUGACCGGAGAAGGAGUCGAUAAGGAUGAAUAUUCCCAAUGUGUUCUCUAUGGAGAAGUGUAGCUUUGUCAUUUGUUCGACUUCGAUUCUAGUUUUUCCUACUGUCCGAUAUAUUCAUGCGCGCUGCGGGCGCUUCCGGACAAAUAUGUGACACACGAUAAGCUCCAUUGCUCCAUCAGUAGUGUGUAUUAAAGUACUUGUUCUAUACUUUCCUGUUGUACUAAUCUCAGCUGUUGUUCACUUUGUUAUGUUGACAUUCGUUGUGCUAUCCAA